AUGGAAUCUUCAGGCUUGGAGGAUGUCGAUUCCAAUUCAUCUUCAUCCACGUCAUCAUUAGCAUCUACUCCAUCAAUAAUACGAAACAACAAUCAAUCAACUUCUUAUACACCCAAUAUUAUUACAUCAAUUGAUUGUAAAAUACUUCAAUAUCAAUAUGGAAUAAUCAAAUUAGAACAAUUCAUUUCAAACUUAAAAAGACUUCAACAAUUAGAUAAACCUACAGAAUUACCAUUGAUUCACUAUAUAGUAUUAACAGUUGGUAAUGUAUUUGCUAUUAAUGAUAAAGCAUUUGAUUCAAAAUUAGACUUGCUAUCAAAUUAUAAAUUAUUUAAACUUGGCGGGAAUAUAACAAUAACAUCCACAACGUCGCAUAUCCCUUAUGAUACCCCGGAUACUGUAGCUAAUGCUUUAGAAACCAUUCCUUCAAUUGGGCUUGCUAAUAAGUGUCUUAAAUCAUUGGAAGUGAUAAGUAAUCACUGUUUACAAGGAUAUAAGAGAAGAUUAACUCAAGCAAAGUUAGAAAGACAAGCAUUGAAUAAAUCAGGGGAAGAUUUUAGUAAAUAUUAUGAAACUUUAUUACAAAUCACAAAUGAAAUUGUUUUGGAUGAAGAUUUUGAUUUGAAAUUAAAUGAUUUAACAUUUAUGUUACCUACAAAUAAUCUUGAUGAAUUAUUAGAAAAUGAAGAUUUAAUGGAAGCAACGCUAAUAGAUAUGGAUAUUAAACAAUUAUUUAACGUUAUUUCACAAGUUGAAUCAAUAAUCAAUAAAACCUUAAGACCAUUAUUAAAUGAACUUAAACAACCAGCGUCUCCAAUUGAUAGAUAUUCUCUUCAUAGAAUAUUUAUGUUAACUUUAAGAUUAAAUGAAAUUUAUACAAUAUUUAGAAGAUUUGGAAGAAAAAUAUUUUUACCAACCUAUGAACAUUUAACUGAUUCAAAUUUCUUAUGUCAUAGUAAGAAUCAAAUAUAUUUUAAAACUACAAUUAUAAAUUCAUUAAAUGAUAUUUUCAAUUCCCAAAAGAAAAAUGGUACAUUCAUAGCAACAUUAACUAGAUUUAUAAGACAAGGUGCAAAAUUUGAAAUAAAUGAAAAAACUUUAUCUAAUCAUAUAACUUUCAUAUCUCAAGGAUUAUUUUGGUAUGGUGAGGUGAAGCGACAACAACCACAGCUUAGAGAAUCAACCUCAGUGGGGACUCCACCCAUUGGAAGCUCACCUAGAGGGACACCGCCUGUUGGAAGUUCACCUAGAGGGACACCACCACCGGCUGCCGUAGUUCCUGAGAACAAUAAGCCAGAACCAUUCCCGUCGCUAACCAACAAAAUUGGCUCGGAGAAGGCACAGAAUAACGGUCAGUGUCGUUAUAGAUGUUGUCAAUCCGCUAGAUCUAGAAGUUCAAAUUUAUGCGAUAACACAAUUAAUCAAACGUCAUCUCCGAAAAGAAACCGACCCCAAUUGUUGAUAGUCCCACCGGGUAGAGCUUCUCCAACUAGAGCACAACAAAGACCAACUUCAAUGCUAUUCUUAAAUCCCAACUUAUCAACCUCAAACGUCCAGUCAUCGAAUGAAGGAACUGAAGAUACGACCGUCAAGACGAGAAGAAGAUCAAAUUCUCAACCUAUUGGAAGAAACGAUCUUGAUCUUGCUUCGUCAGGGGCAGCCCUUGCAUUAACAAGAAAUGGAAGUUUGAGUGUUCGCUCUCCAUUGCGUGGUUCUCCAAUCACGGCAAACCCAUCUUCUUCACUAAGUUCACCCACCGAAAUCUCACGAAGAAAAGCAAUUGAUCCAUCAUCAUUGUUAUCACCAACAUCUCCAACCCGAACCAAACUCAUUGAUGAACCAAAGAUGUCUACAGCUAGUAGUGCAGCAGCUACGGCCACAGCAAAAUUAUCAGCCAAUCAAAGAUUUCAACAACAUAUCAAACAAGCAGCCAAAUCCGGCUCAUUAGUAACUCAUCAACGAGAACAACUCCAUAGUGUAACAUUUGAUCCUAAUAAUACAUCCAAGCUCCAAAUUCGGAAAUAUGUCGAAGUAAAACCUUCUCCACCACCACAAGCACCAUCACAAGAACCAGAAGUGGUGAUGAUGGGAGGUAUACCCAUUGGAUCUACAAUUUCGAAACCUCCCCGAGUUGAGACAUAUUGGGCUGUUUUUCCACAACCAGGCUCGAUAUCAUCAUCUUCAGAACAAGCGUCGACAAGUACGAGUGGAAGCGGAAAGAAGGUUAGGUUUGUAGGUGUGCCCGCAUGGACCGAACAAGAAGAUGCCCCUACGAAAUAUUCAAAUAUUAUUUUGAAGAAUUUUGCCAGAUUGCAAAGAGGCCCCGUUGCCGGAUUAGGUGCGACCCCGAGGAAGGCGAGAGUUUUUAUGAAGAGUGAUGAGUUAUUGAAGGAGGAAAGUAAGGCGUUUAAAGCCCACCAAGGGUUGGCCGUGGAUGAUGAUGUUCCAGUGGGGGUUAGUGGGAUCGCUAGCCCCUCACGACACCCAUUACGCUCAUCCCCGUAA